UUUCAGUUUCACCAGUCACUCUCAACCUCAAGGGUCUCUCUCUGCAUUCAGAUUUCAGAUGCAAAGGGUUUUUGAGCAUUUAUAACAUUUUUCAACAUUUUGCAUCCAAACUCGUCCAAUAAGAAAAAAAGAAAAAAAAAAGAAAGAAAGAAAGAAAGAAAGGAAAUCUACAUGGUCUUCAUUCACAGUUCACCUUCUGCUUAGUGGUAGCUCAUUCUCUUCCCAAUUUGUGGGAAUUUGUAACAGAAGGACAAGCAAGUGGUGAAAGUGCUGUUUUUUUUUUAAUCAUCAAGCUAUGAAUUCUCCAAUUCAUGCCCCUUCACCGCCUUCCUCUUCUUCUUGCUCCUAUACCCGUCCUCCUCCUUGCCUCCCUUAUGCUUCUCGUAAUUCCAAGUUUCCUCUGCUGUUGCCACAGGCAAUUUCUACCUCUCAAAAGAUGUAUCGCUGCUCUGGAGGCCAUGUGGAGGCUUCUACUAACCCUAAUCCCUUGAAAAAUUAUAUAGUGGGCAGAUGUACUGCAAGAUGGUCCAAGCAAUCACUCAAAAGGAACUUGUUGCCGGUGGAAGCUUUAGUAACUUCAACAGCUCAAGAUGUUUCUGACACACCUUUUAUUGGUGAUGAUAAGAUUGGAGUGUUAUUGUUAAAUCUUGGAGGUCCAGAAACCCUAGAAGAUGUGCAGCCUUUUUUGUUUAACCUUUUUGCUGACCCAGAUAUCAUAAGAUUACCAAGGCUAUUUAGUUUUCUUCAAAAGCCGCUGGCCCAAUUUGUUUCUGUUUUAAGAGCACCAAAGAGCAAAGAAGGUUAUGCUUCAAUUGGUGGUGGAUCUCCUCUUAGACGUAUAACUGAUGCACAGGCUGAAGAGUUGAAGAAAUCUCUUUGGGCAAAGAAUGUCCCAGCCAAAGUGUACGUUGGCAUGCGUUACUGGCAUCCGUUCACCGAAGAAGCUAUUGAACAGAUUAAAAGGGAUGGAAUUACAAAGCUUGUUGUGCUUCCACUUUAUCCACAAUUUUCAAUAUCAACCAGUGGUUCAAGUCUGCGUCUGUUGGAGAGUAUAUUCCGAGAGGAUGAGUAUCUAGUCAACAUGCAGCACACAGUGAUACCUUCGUGGUACCAACGUGAAGGAUACAUAAAGGCCAUGGCAAAUUUAAUUGAAAAAGAACUAAAAGGUUUUGACUGCCCUGAGGAGGUCAUGAUCUUCUUUAGUGCACAUGGGGUGCCUCUUGCUUAUGUGGAAGAGGCUGGUGAUCCAUACAAGGCAGAGAUGGAGGAAUGUGUGGAUUUGAUCAUGGAAGAGCUUGAGAAAAGAAAGAUAAAUAAUGCAUACACCCUUGCUUAUCAGAGUAGAGUCGGACCUGUCGAAUGGUUAAAACCCUAUACAGAUUACACAAUAAUUGAACUUGGGAAAAAGGGAGUAAAAAGUCUGCUGGCUGUACCGAUUAGCUUUGUCAGUGAGCAUAUAGAAACAUUAGAAGAAAUUGAUGUUGAAUACAAAGAAUUGGCUCUAAAAUCCGGUAUAGAAAAAUGGGGUCGUGUUCCUGCUCUAGGAUGUGAGCCCACCUUCAUUUCAGAUUUGGCAGAUGCCGUAAUUGAAAGUCUCCCAUAUGUUGGUGCAAUGGCAGUUUCAAACCUUGAAGCUCGCCAGUCUCUGGUUCCCUUGGGCAGUGUAGAAGAGUUAUUGGCAGCAUAUGAUUCACACCGUAGGGAGUUGCCACCACCAGUAAUGGUGUGGCAAUGGGGGUGGACAAAAAGUGCUGAAACUUGGAAUGGAAGAGCAGCUAUGCUUGCUGUGCUUCUUCUGUUGUUUUUAGAAGUCACCACUGGUGAGGGAUUUCUGCACCAGUGGGGAAUAUUGCCCUUAUUUCGGUGAAUAAGUCCUCCAUUGUCCUCAAUGGAAUUUAGUUUUGCUUGUAUAUGCAUACCAUUAGCAUCACAUAUGCACCUUAAAGUCCAAGGCAUGCACUCGGGAGUUCUCAAUUAAGUUUUGACACUGCAGUUGUUUAUGGAAACGAGAGGAAGAUAAUGUAUACUGGUUUGGUUUGUAUACAACGCAGUGUACCUCUUGUAUUUAUCUAAAGGUAAGAUUUGAAAAGAAAGGCAUGGUUUGGUUCUCAAUCUAGUGUUGAGGGGGAAAAAAAGGGAAGAUUUGAAAAGAGUAUUGGUUUAGACGAGUUAUGUGACUGAUUUUAAUUGUAUUCCAGUUACAGAAUAAUCCUAUUUCUACUACUAUUUGCAUUUGGAAGUAAGUAUGUAACCAAUUGUGGUUAGUUAAUGUAAGCAACUGUUGCUAGUUCUGGAAGUAGCCUUAUUUUGUAACACGAUGUCCUUGGUUUGUGUUU